AAAAACGGGUUUCCACUAUGCAUGUGAUGUGCAUUAAAUGGCACAGUAAAUUAAGCAGGUAAUCUGAAGUCUUGAAGGAAGAGAAGAUGCUACUGACUACGAGGAUGACUCGCAGAACUACGAAAUUAACCAGACCAGUGGGCAUUGAAGUUGAUGAAAAAGUGGGUCAGAGAAAAGGCAAAGAAAAAAGAAAAAAAUAGGGGUUAAAGGAGUGUGUUAUACUUAAAAAGGACGAGAUCCACCUACAGCAGGCACAGCCUAUGCAAGUCAAUGGUUGGGCAGUUCUUGCCUGGUUUUUGACUUUUUCUGUUUUUAUCUAGAAGCUCACGGCUUCAAUUUAGAUAGACCCUCUGCUAGAUUUGAUUUUGAGUUGUACUCUUCACGGAUCUUUGCACCAUUUCCGCUUCCCCUGUUUUCCCCCUUUGUUGCUGUCAAAUUUGGUGAGGAGUUCAGAGGUGCAGACCCCAUAUAUAUGAAGUUCCCCUCGGUUUAAUUCCCUCACAACGUCGUCUUCCUUAGAUGGGAAAUUGUUGGGGCGCUCGUGUCAAGGCUGAAAAUUUCUUUUCUGGUACUGGCAAAUCAAAGCCUGCUACUCAGAAUGGGAAAUGCCAUGUAAACUGCAAUCCGCCCUCGAGCAUUAGCAAUGACAGUCCCCCCUCUCCAACCACUGAGGGGGAAAUUCUUCAGAAAUCUAAUUUGAAGAGUUUCAGCUUCAUAGAGCUCAAAAAUGCUACCAGAAAUUUUCGGCCUGACAGUGUCUUGGGUGAGGGGGGUUUUGGCUGUGUUUUUAAGGGAUGGAUUGAUGAACAUGAAUUCGUUGCAACAAAGCCAGGAAUGGGCCUGGUAAUAGCUGUAAAGAAGUUGAACCAAGAAGGUUUGCAAGGGCAUAAGGAAUGGCUGGCGGAGGUGAAUUACCUGAGCCGGCUUCAUCAUCCAAAUCUUGUGAAGCUGAUAGGAUACUGUGUGGAGGAUGAUCACCGCCUCUUGGUGUAUGAGUUUAUGCCUAAAGGGAGCUUGGAGAACCAUCUGUUUAGACGAAGUUCUCAUUUCCAACCUCUUUCUUGGCUUCUACGAAUCAAAAUAGCUGUUGGGGCUGCCAAAGGGCUUGCUUUUCUACAUCGUGCAGAAAGUCAAGUUAUAUAUAGAGAUUUCAAGGCAUCAAAUGUUCUUCUUGAUUCAAAUUAUAAUGCAAAGCUCUCAGAUUUUGGACUAGCCAAGGAUGGCCCAAAAGGAGAUAAAACACACGUAUCUACAAGGGUCAUGGGAACCUAUGGCUAUGCUGCUCCAGAAUAUCUAGCUACAGGUCAUUUGACAACAAGGAGUGAUGUUUACAGCUUUGGAGUUGUCCUUCUGGAACUCCUCUCUGGGCGCCGCAUUAUAGACAAGAACAGACCUAUAGGUGAACAAAAUCUUGUGGAAUGGGCAAAACCUUAUAUGAAUGAUAAACGUAAAGUAUAUCAGAUCAUGGACACCAGAUUGAAUGGUCAAUACUCAAUCAAGGGAGCCCAUACUGCAUCCACACUUGCUCUCAAAUGCCUUAAUCCAGAGCCGAAGUGUAGGCCUCAUAUGAAAGAAGUAGUUGAAACACUGGAGCAGUUGGAGAAAAACAAAGAUAUGGCAAAGUAUUCUCGACCCAACCAAUUGCAAAAGGUUCAGCCUGCUAAUCUCAACACUCGGAGCAUAAAUCAUCCCUCCCAUGGUAAUCCAAGGCCAGGUGAAUAUGUACUCUGCCCACCUCAAAAAUCUCCCCAUUUGAGGUGAAUCUGCAUUACAACAUUGACACAUUCACAACUCAUACGGUGAUGAAUUGUUGGGUAUGUAAUUUAGCUAGAAGGGGCUUGUAUCUCUCAACAUUAUGGAUUGAGGUGAUUGAUUCCUUGGCACAGGAGAGAGGAUGGGGUUUUAUACUACUGAUUUUUUUUUUAAUUUACAAAAGGGCUUUUGAUGCUUCUUGUAACCCUUUUUCAUGUCUGUUAAAGUACAGUUGUUUUCAUGAAAAAUUCAGACAUUGGACAAGGUUAUGUUAAUAAUCAGUUACAUUUGUUGGGAAAAUUUCAGUCGGGCUGUUGAUCAAAGGCUUUUUGUACGGUAUGGAUAAAUGGUUUGCAUUCACAACAAUGAUUCUGAGUAGUAGGUGUGAUAGAAAUUGUAACUAUGACUAUGUCAAAUGAACUUUAAUUUCGGACUGGCAAGAUGAUUUAACUUUCAA